AUGCAUAGUGAUGUUAUAUGUCAUAGUUGCUUUCUUAUUGUGACUGAAUAUACAACAAUAGAAUCAAGGCUUUGUUCAAUUCGUUCUGGACUUUCUAAGACUUUUGAUAAAACAGCUGCAGAACAUGCACUGGAUCAAGGCAAUAAAUCCAAAAUGCACUAUAAUAUUGAAAGUGAAGAUUCUUGUAAACAGAUUUCAGGGAUAAUUAAUGAAAAAGGAAAUUCAGUUAUUACAGGUGAAAUAGAGUUUAGUGAUUAUGUUUCUGACAAAGUUAAUUUUAACGAAACAAACCACAAAGUACUACAAAAGAAAAGAAAAAGUGUGAAAAAAUGUGUUUCAAGGCCGUUCAGUUGCUCUGUAUGUAGAAAAGAUUUUCGAGCUUACAGCCAUCACGUUGAGCAUAUGCUGAUCCAUCUUGGUGAAAAACCAUGGUUAUGUAAAGAAUGUAAUAAAUCAUUCCGAACUAAAAGUGCAUUGAAAGUUCAUUCUGUGAAACAUACUGGUUACAAACCAUUUAAUUGUGAACAAUGCAAUAAAUCAUUUGCUGAAAAAUGUUCUUUGGAGGAACAUAAUCGGAUUCAUUCUGGUGAGAAACCUUUCAGGUGUGAUUUCUGUGAAAGGUCUUUUACUAGGAAGAAAGAUCUUGUUAUUCACUUGAAGACCCAUACAGGUGACAAACCAUAUAAGUGUUCACAGUGUCCAAAAAGUUUUGCAGUGAAGUCAAGAUUGGAAAGGCAUUUCAUGAUACAUUCGGGGGAAAAACCAUAUAGCUGUGAACAUUGCCCCAAAUCAUUUGCUCGGAAAGAUGAUUUCAAACUUCAUGUUCGCCUGCAUACUGGUGAAAAACCAUUCCAGUGUUCUCAUUGUGAUAAAACUUUCACCAAUCAUUCAAACAGAUUGGCUCAUAUAAGGACCCAUACCGGAAUUAAGAAGUACUCGUGUAACAUGUGCAAAAAUUCUUUUAAAUUAAAAAAAAAAUUCCAAGAACAUUUGAAUGCAAAGCAUCGCAGUGAAGUUAUUAAAGAGAAUGUUUUAGCUCAAGCUCAACCUUAUGUUCAAGAAACAGUUAUUCAUUUUAGUGCAAGUUCCCAGGUCCCUCUUUCAGAACCUGAAAUCUUGGUUGUCAGUCCUGCAGAUCUGCACACUUUGCAGCCAGUUCCUACUGAUCCUGCAUCUCAGGUUUCCUGGAAAGAAUGCCCUGAUCCUUCUGUCGAUACCAGGUAUCUUACUGACCCUCCCUCUUAUGAAUAUUGA